GACAUUCUCGUGUGAACGUUUAGUGGAAUGCACCCCACAUCGUAAAAGCCGUCAAAACAUAAUUACCGACUUCAGGUUGAACUAAUUUGAGGUUAAAUUUUUACCGAAGAGUGUAAAUAAAACUAAUUGCUGAAAAAAUUAAUUGAAAUGAUUGUUUUAAACAAGUAUUAUUUUCAUCUAAAAAUAAAAACAAUGUUUGUAGGGUCCUUUCGUCAUUUUUCAGGACUCAAUUUAUGGGAAGAAGAAAUUUCUCCCGAGAUAAAACAUAAAAUAGAGCAACACUGGAAGGAAAAAUUAAAAUCAAACUUAUUUGAUGAAAAUAGUAUAAAUAAAGAAAAAUAUUAUGUAUUGCCAAUGUUUCCAUAUCCCUCAGGUGCGUUGCAUAUGGGACAUGUACGAGUUUAUACAAUUAGUGAUACUAUAGCAAGGUACCAAAGAAUGAAUGGUAAAAAUGUACUUCAUCCUAUUGGUUGGGAUGCAUUUGGUUUACCAGCAGAGAAUGCAGCUAUAGACCGUAAUAUAGCUCCAGAUGCUUGGACACGACAAAAUAUUGAAUACAUGCAGAAGCAACUUGAAAAGUUAAAUUGUAGUUUUGAUUGGGAUAGAGAAUUCAAGACUUGCGAUCCUCAAUAUUAUAAAUGGACCCAGGAAUUAUUUUUAAAAUUAUUUGAUGAAGGCUUGGUGUAUCAAAAAGAAGCAUUAGUUAACUGGGAUCCAAUUGAUCAAACUGUGUUAGCUGAUGAACAGGUAGAUGAAAAUGGCAAUUCUUGGCGUUCUGGUGCCAAAGUAGAAAAGAAAAUUUUGAAACAAUGGUAUAUAAGAACAACUGUUUUUGCCAAGAGCCUUUUAGAAGGUUUAAGUGAUCCUAUUUUACAAGACUGGAGGGACAUAAUAAAAUUACAAAAACAUUGGAUAGGUGAAUGUAAUGGUAUUAAUUUUGAUUUUAAAAUAGAAGGAAAUGACAAGGAUGUCUUAACAUUUUGGACAUCUUUACCUGAAUAUGUAAAAAAUGUUAAGUUUGUGGCUGUGACCAGUGACAAUAUCUUAGCUAGGAAAGAAAAUAUUACAUUAAAUAGUGAACAGAUGAGUGUGGAGUUAAAGACUCGUUUAAUAAAUCCGUUUACUUUGGAAAGAAUUCCCGUGUUUGUUACCAAUGAAAUUGAGUUCCUGCCUUUUACAGAUUCAUAUUUAGGAAUCCCAGGCGUCUGCAAAGAGUCAACGGAUUUUUCCAAAAAACACAAUCUGUCAUAUAAUAAUAUAGAAAUAUUAAAAGAUACAGAAGCUAUUCAAGAAAGAGGAAAAAUCAUUGAACAAGCUAAAAAGUUGAAAGCUGGUGGAUAUUGGACAAGUGCAAAAUUAAGAGAUUGGUUAAUCUCUAGACAAAGAUACUGGGGUACACCAAUACCUAUGAUCCACUGCAAAAAAUGUGGCACACAAUCAGUACCCAGAAGACAGCUACCGGUAAUACUACCAAGUGUAACCAAAGAUUCCCAAAAGUUAGGCUCCCAUCUAGCAGAGUUAUCCCAUUGGCUCAAUACUACUUGUCCUAAAUGUGGAGGGGUAGCUCAACGUGAGACAGACACUAUGGACACAUUUGUAGAUAGUGCUUGGUAUUUUUUAAGAUUUGCUGAUCCUAAAAAUGAAAAAGAAAUGUUUUCUAAAGAAAAAGUUAACAAAAUAAGCCCAGUUGAUCUAUAUAUUGGUGGAAAGGAACAUGCUGUGUUACAUAUGUAUUAUGCAAGAUUUAUUAUGCAUUUUUUACACAGUUUAAAUUUAGUACCAGAACGGGAACCAUUUAAAAGAUUACUAGUACAAGGUAUGGUAAUGGGAAAAAGUUACAGAGUCAAAGGAAGCGGGAAGUAUGUUCCAGAAUCAGAAGUUAAAAUUAUAGAUGAAAAGAAAAACAAAGCUGUUACUAAAAAUACGAAUGAGCCCGUUGUGAUUAGCUGGGAAAAAAUGAGCAAAUCGAAAUAUAAUGGCGUUGAUCCUGAAGAUAUGUUUACAGAAUACGGUACUGAUACCACAAGAUUACUUAUUUUAGCUAAUGUAGCACCUACAAGUCAUCGAAACUGGAACCAUAAUACUUUUCCUGGAAUAUUAAACUGGCAGAAAAGACUUUGGUUAACAAUAGGAGAAUUUUUGAAGCAUAGAAAUAAUGUACCGCCAUUACUAUCAGAAAAUCAAAUGACAACUCACGAUGAUUACAUGUUUGAUGCAAGAAAUUUUUUUGUGAAAAGUGUGUCAUAUAAUUAUUUGAUUACUCAACAGAUCAGUGUGGCUAUUUCUAAGCAACAAGGAUUAACCAACAGUCUUAGGAAAGUACCAGCAUCAGUUAUAGCUCAUAGUAAACAAUUCGAGAGAGCAUUAGCAGCGCAGAUUAUCAUGUUGGCACCGAUGGCUCCUUGCUUCGCUUCUGAAUUAUGGAGCGGAUUUAUUGCAGCACCUAACCGGUUAAAUGAUUCUGAGGAAAUAUUUUGGAAUAAAACCGUUUUAGAACAAAGUUGGCCACAAACUGACAUGGACUAUAAGUUAGAUCUAUUGUGUCAGGUGAACGGACAUGAAAAUGCAAGUAUUAAAAUAACUAGACGAGAUUUGGAAAAUUUAUCAAAAGAAGAAGCUUUGAAAAUGGCUCUAGAACAAAAAGAAGUCCAAUCAACGUUGACAAGAAGAAAUAUUUUAGAUGUAAAGUAUACUGUUGACAGUGGAUUCGAUGGUAUUCUUAAUAUUAUAACAGACCAACCACCGCCAAAGACUAAACAACAAAUAGUAGAAGAAAUUAGGACAAGUUGAAGUACAAUUUACAUAUAGAGAAUAGGCAUUUUAAUACAGAUUGGGUCAGUAACAGAAAAGUGAAAUUAGUUUAAUUUGAAAAAUGAGAAAAUAGUUGAAAUGUCACCAUUAUUUAGAAAGUUUUUUCCUUGAAAUUUUUGCACAAUUUUACGAAAUAUUUUUGUUGUCAAUUCAAUUUAUUUUGUUUGAGAUAUAUAAAAGAACUAAAAUUUAUUAAAAAGAAAAAAUAGCAAAAGAAAUAGUUUAUAAUCACAAUUAAAAAGAAAUCAAAUUUUUAUUUUAAAACAGAAGAUUUGGACCAAGCCUGUAGACUUUCAAUGAUAAGAAUCAAAUCAUUUCUAGCUAUUUUUACAACAUAUGCUAGCCUAGAUAUUUAACAACUUUCAAAAUAAAUAAACAUAUAUUUGUAUACAGAAAAAACCAAAGACAUAUUUCUUCUGCAACCUUCCCACAAUCAUUUACUUCUCAAAUACCUUUUCCUUGAUAGCACUCAUCCAACUAGGUAACAAGUGUCAUUUUUGAUCGCCAAAAAUAGUGGAAAUAAAAAUAUACGAAGUGGGAUAGAAAAACAGUCAAUGCAUUUUGGCAUUGUUAUUGCCAAGUAAGGACAUUUGAGUUCAAAAUUAUAAUUAUCGAUUUUUUGGCCAUUAUUGGUAACUGAUUAGUUUAAAUGAAAAACAAAGACAUCAAAUCAAUUAUAAUAUGACAUUGUUGUGAAUCGAAAACAUGAGUUUCAUAACAGAUCGUUCCUUUUUGGAUUUAAGAGUGAAUUGAUACGUCUAUUUUAGUUGGAUGCCUUUGGUGUGAGCAGCUUUGUUUCGACACUUUCAUUUAUGAAAAGUGUGUAAGCCUCAAGUUAAAUUGAAAUACACUAUUCAACUUACUUAAUCGUCUUUUGGUGAAAAACCGAAACUGUUACCAAAUAAACUUCUAGACAAAAUUAACUCACCACUCAUAUUUUUCUGGAUAUUCUUUAUUGAUAACUUAUUGAACGACAAAUAGGCCAUGUAUCUUGUUUGACAGUAAUUCCUAUUAAACUUCGCUUUAGACUUGAACUGUGUUAACAUUCUUAAAAUGUACUGAUUGAAGCAAAGUUUGUGUUUGAAGCAAGCUGUUGAUUGUAAUUGUUUAUAUUACAUGCACUUUUGGAAGUUCAUUUUGGAGUAAAAAUGAACCGCCAGAGAAAUUUGACGAUGAGGUGGCAGUGCAAGCAUCAACUCUCCUGAAUGCUGAUUUGUUAGGAAGACAUCAUUCCAGCAUCAGUCGCAUAGUGAGGCAACAUAAUGGAAAGGGUUCGUACCAUAGAAGACCAGGACAAGGGCGAAAACUUUGAUCCAAUCAAAUUGAUGAUUGUUUUUAGAGACAACGUGCUCUUAGAAAUAGGAGAGUCACCAGCAAUCUGAUAAAAAAUGAUUCACCAGAUGUUUGAAAUAUCAAUAUAUGGUCUUGAACGGUUAGAAGACGUUUAAAUGAAGCAGAGUAAAGCAACAAAAGACCUGCCAAAAAACCCUUGCUUACUAGAGAACAGGAACAUUAGAGAUUAAAUUUUGCAAGAAUACAUCAGAAUUCCAUCAAUGAUUGGAAACAGGUUCUCUUCUCCGAUGAAACUAAAGUUAGUCUCAAAGCUCCAGAUGGACGUGAGCGUGUCUGGUGAAGGCAAGGAGAAAGCUGUAAUAUCUCUCCUAAAGUACCUUUUAGUGGUGGCUCUAAAAUGUUUUGAUAAGGAAUUUUCUUCAAUGCUCAUACAGAAUUGGUCCCUAUAUGUAUGAGGUCUAUGAAUGCCCAAUAUUAGUUAGACAACAUUAUUGUCGAACAUGUAAUGCCUUUUGCUCCGUUUGUUGGACCUAUUUUUUUAUUAAUGCUAGAUAACGCUCGUUCCCACGUGUUAGACAGGUUAUUGGCUACAUACAUGGUGUCAAUAUUUCUUUAUUAGAGUGGCUACCUAACAGUCCGGAUAUGAAUCCUAUAGAACAUCUAUGGGACUAUCUCAAAAAGAGGAUUUGAAGUCAUACUCCCCCUGUUUCUAAUCACAACGAACUCAUAGCGAACGCUAUUGAAGAAUGAGAGAAUAUAUCGCAAGCUUUUGUUGAACGUUUGAUGUCAAGCAUACUGCGACGCAUGAAUGCAGUGAUGAGAAGUAGAGGGGGGCCUACGCGGUAUUAGGGUUGACCCAUAUACAUUUAUUCUCUUUUACUGAUUUUUUUUUUCAAUUUGGAGAAAUGAUAGAUUAUUUAUGCAUUUCCAGCAAAAACAAACUCUUAUGGAAAAAAUAAGGCGAAUUGAGGUUAUGUUAAGGUCAUAAUAGACUAAUUUGUAGAUGUUCAUUAUUGUUUCAAUAUAACUUAGUUUUAUUUUGUGUUUAUAUUGUAAAUAUUUAGAUUAAUUAAAGUGGUGCGUUAAUUUUGUCCAGGAUAUUAUAAGGUUUAAAACCUAUUUUAGCCAUCAAAAUAUGAAUAAAUUUGUUAUCUACAAUUUUAUUAGUUUUAUUCCUAAGUUGGUUGCAGGAAAAAUUUAUCCUUUUUUCAUUUGAACUCAACUUUUGUACUCGUUUAUAUUUUCUUAAAUAAAAUCACUUGCAGAACAAA